CAGCUUUACAGAUUUUUGGCAAGACGAACCAGUGCUGGCUUUAAUAAAGUAGUUUUAAGACGCUUAUUCAUGAGUCGCAUGCACAGACCACCAAUUGCUUUAUCAAGAUUGGUGAAAUAUGCUACUAAGCCAGGCCGUGAAGGAAGAAUAGCUGUAGUUGUUGGUACAAUAACUGAUGAUGUUAGAUUAAUGUCUUGUCCUAAAUUAACAGUCUGUGCAUUAAGAGUAACCGAAAGAGCCAGAGCUAGGAUAUUGAAAGCAGGUGGUGAAAUUUUAACAUUUGAUCAACUUGCUCUCAGAGCACCAAAAGGACAGAAUACAGUUUUAGUCCAAGGUAUCAGACAAGCCCGGGGUGCCAACAGACAUUUUGGUCUUGCUCCUGGUGUACCUGGCAGUAACACAAAGCCUUUAGUGAGAGCUAAGGGAAGAAAAUUCGAGAAAGCCCGUGGUAAACGAAACAGC